CUUACGCGGGCCUUCAUAGAUGAGUUCUUCCAGUUGGAGUGACAAAUUAGUAAACAUAAAUUGCUUAGCGUUUGUAGGUUACGGUCGAAGUAAUCUCUCGACCUAGUUUAACCCAUAGCCAAUUGAUGUCAUGGGAGAGCAGCCAAUAUGGACAACUCGAGCUCAGAUAUUCGAAAUCGAUCGGGCGACGAAAACAAGUUGGAUUCCAUGCACCAAACAAGCCAUUCCCAUCUCGUUCUAUCACGAUACUAAUCGUAAAACUUACAGAAUUAUAUCGGUGGAAGGUUCAAAAGCGAUCUUGAACAGCACAAUUACACCAAAUACCGUGUUCACUAAAACAGCUCAAAAGUUUGGCCAAUGGUCUGAUCCAAAAGCUGGAACAAUUUAUGGUGUUGGCUUUCCAAAUGAAGAGGAUCUUCUCAAGUUUUCAGAAAUAUUUCAACAAGCAAAGGAACCUGAUACACACUCGAAAUCUUUGACGGUUGAAAAUGGAAAACCAAAGUAUUCCAUUAACAGAUCAUCAUCAAUGAACAGUAACAGUUCAACAGGAUCUGCAAACCAAGAUGAAGUACCGCCAUCAAGCAACAGCUCUAAAACAUCAAACUCAAUAGAUGCCCAGUUGAAGUAUGAAAAUGACAAAUUGAAACUGGCUCUUGCUCAAAGCUCUGCUAAUGCAAAGAAGUGGGAAACAGAAUUGCAAAAUUUACGUAAUAACAACGCGAGACUGACGACAGCAUUACAGGAGAGCACAUCAAAUGUUGAAGAGUGGAAGAAACAAUUGCUUAUGUACAAAGAAGAGAAUGAACACUUGCGUUUAAGAGUGCAGGAACUCACGAAGAAGGAAAACGCAGAAGGUUUUAGUCAAAUUCAGGCUGAGAAGAAUUCAUUGGAAAGUAAAGUUGGACGCUUAGAAAAGUCAUUGGAACAACAGUCGAAUGAAAUCGCUAAAAUGACUCUAGAACUUAGUGAAGCCCAAACGCUGAAAUUGACCAAUAAUGAACUGGCCGAUAAAGUUCGGGAUCUCAAAGUCGAAAAUGAAAAACUUCAAAAGGUUUCGUACGAAUUAUCUUCAAAGCAAAGAAUAAUUGAUGAACAAAAGGGAAAGAUAGGCGAGCUCGAAGAACUUUUCUCAAAAAUGAAAUCUCACUUCGCCGAAAUGAACCAUUUACGAGAGACUAUGGAUAAAAGGUUCAAGGCCUGAUCAAUUGUGUGAUGUGCAAUAAUGUAUAUAAUAUUAAACGUAGAUUUAGAGAAAUUACAAUAGCGUUGGAACUUGCAAGAAGCAAGUAAUCAUAUGUCA